GUGAAGGACAUGCCGGUUCUUCAGGACGGUCCACCUCCCGACGGUUUUGCUUCGGUCCGGUUCGCUCGUCCUAUCCCUAAUACUGGUCCGAGUGCCAUUGCGAUUUUUCUCACCACGUUUGGUGCUUUCUCGUGGGGAAGGUACCAGGUUUUGGACAGGGUAACAAGAUCCGAAGGUUGAAUUAACAGCUGCGGAAGUAAAAUCUCUUCGAUCAGAACUUGUUGAUAUAGAAGAGAAAUAGGCUCAGUUAAAAGCUCAGUGAGUCAUCCAUAACUUUUGACUGUUGCAACAUUUCCUGCCUUACAAUAUAUUACAAGUUAUAAUCAAAUAGUAGUCAGCCUUGGUUGGGUUACCUUUCUGGGGGUUAAAUAUUUAUCUUUCGAUCAAAUUUACAAAGACCUUUGCCACAAGAACUCUCACCCACCCCACCUGAUGCAGUGGUUGGUUUAGAAGGUUCAAAACUUGUAAGCUCUCUUCAACACUACUUGCCAUGUGAUUGUGAUUGAUCUCGCCUUCUUAAUGUUUGUUAAUUAAUCAUAUAUGUGGAUAGUUGAUUUUGUAUACUUUCAGGAACCUCCUAAAGGUUUGCCAUAGUUCCUAGACUAUGUUUCAUGUAUGGCUCACUUAGCUGUUUUUGGAAUUCUUGGGGUCCUCACGAGAUAUUUACUGCAAAAGUUAUUUGGCCCUCGGGUUGCUAAUUUGACAAGCAAUCAUAGUAUUCUUUACCUUGACCUUCCUUCUAAUAUGAUUGGUUCAUUUCUUAUGGGAUGGUUUGGUGUUGAAUUCAAAAAAGACAUAUCUCAUGUAUCAGAGCAUCUAGCCAUAGGAAUAAUGACUGGUUACUUGGGGAGCCUUACAACCUUCAGUGGUUGGAAUCAAAAAAUGCUUGAACUCAGUGCUUCCGGUCACUGGGUCAUCUGUGCAUUGGGCUUUAUAAUAGGUUUAUCUCUUGUUGUCGUCUCCAUCACAUUUGGGGUUGAAACUGCGAAGGGUUUUAGGUGGCUUCUCAACAGGUUGAAUAUUGCAAGUCUAGUAAAUGGCAUCUCUAAGGUCAACUACAAAGUAAACAGCUACCAUCGCCAAAUGACAGCUAUGGUGAUAUUCUUGGUGAUAUUGGGUAUUUUAUGGGGUGUGAGUGGUGCAUUUGUAAAGGCUAAGUUCAAACAUGGUGGAAGUGCUGCUGAGUAGUGGUUUUCUUGCAUGGUUGGACAUAUAGGUGUAUGAAUUAGAUGGUUCUUAGCGAGGCUUAAUGGGCGUGAAGAUAUAAGAAUGUUAAAAUACAUAUAUAUGUGAUUUCUUUUGUAAGAUUCAUAUAUUUGAUUUCUUUUGUAAAAUUCUUAGUAUAUUGAAUGAAACUUUCUAUGUUGAAAUAUUUAAAUUUAAUA